CAGCAGUUCGAUCAAUACGUAAACUCGGUUCAUGCGCUCUCGCGGCCGCGCUCUGACGUGUGAUAACCGACUGCGAGAGGGACUCGUCCUCUCGACCAUCGAAGUUGCACAGCUCGACACGAUCUGCAGGCAUCUUUUCACAUCCGUCAAGAUGUUGCGAUUCGUUCUUCUGGUCGGUGCUGCCGUCAGCGCUCAGGCGUCCAUGUACAGCAUGGAUAUGAAGCCUGACCACUUCAUGAGCAACAUGCUCCUGCGAGACUUGAUCGAGCGGAUGGGUAGCGAGCUGGCCGACGCCGCCGGUGACAACUACCUGGACGAGCGCGAAUCAGCCUCAUCUGGUAUGAGGGGUCUACCCGACAAGGAAAUCCCUCUGGAGAUGCCGAUCGAUUACGAGGCGAUAGACGCGAUCAACCCAAAGGCGAGCAUUCGAGACCAGGAGUACUUGCAGCACAGCACUCUCUGGAGUCACCAGCAGCUCAACAACUACAAGACCAAUGACAGGCACAGGAUCAAGCCCGGAGCGCAGGCCGCGAGCAAGAACUCCGAAAAGGGCGAGAAGUCGCCGGAGAAUCAGCUGCCAGCCUACUGUACGCCGCCUAAUCCUUGCCCCGUUGGAUAUACCAGUGAGAAUCACUGCAUCGAGAACUUCGAGAAUACGGCGGCUUUCAGUCGUGACUACCAAAGUGCUCAGGACUGCAUGUGCGACUCCGAGCACAUGUUGGAUUGCCCCAGUUCGGCGGACACCGACAACAACGUCGUACCUGGAAUGCCCAUCACAAAUGCGGAUUUCGAUCAAAUCGUCGAACGAUUCCAGGAGGAGAACCCGUUCUUCCGAGGUGAGAAAUUGCCGAUAGCGGCGAAAAAGGGAAUCAAUGUCGGCGGUUUCUAAGUUUCAGCGUACAAACUUCUCUGUGUCAUCAAAAAUUCAAUAUAUUAAUUAAGUAAUAAAUAAAUAAAUAAAAGAAUAUUCAUAACAAUGACAUCUUAUGAAGAAUAAAGAGCCUGUUGAAAACAGAAGAGAAAGAGAAAGAGAGUGUGCGAGUUCCUCAGUAUUUUAAAGUAUAAGAUGUGUACGAGAAGACCAAUUGUUGAAAAAUAGGUAUUAUCAUGUGGCGCGUCAAAGAAAUUUUUGUCAAGUGUUAUAUUCUGCGUGAAAUAUUUAUGUCCAAGGUACUCAAAUGUUAUACAGUUUCACGACCUUUUCUCAAUUUGUCAUAUCAACAUCCUAAUCUAUGCGCGUAUACCACAGCAAUUUGAAUUGAUAAAAUAAAACUGUAAUAAAAUUAUAUUUGUUAGUUAAACUUUAUUUUUAUAGAGUUUAAUGAAUGAGAAAUGUAUAAUUUGAAAGUGUAAGGUUUAAAAAAAAUAUAUUUUUAAGCGAAAUGAA